AUGUGGGGACAGGGAUGGCGGGCUCUCCUCGGGCUCUCCAGGCCCCGCGCCCACCUCACUCCCAUCUUGGCUCAGAGCCCCACAGAGCCCGCGUCCAUCCCAGGCCUUCUCAGUCCAAACCGCGUGAAAACCCCACAAAACGUCACCCAUGUGCAGGAGCCCCUCGGAAGCUUCCAGAACGGCGCAGGGGCAUGUGUGAUGGUGACAGUGGUGACAGGCGCCACCUCACGCAUGGACUCUCCGUGGAAGGUCCACCUGUCAGACGUCGGCCCCGAGAUGACGGGCGCCACCGUGAGCGGCUUGACCCCGGCCCGCACCUAUCAGUUCAGGGUGUGCGCCGUGAACCGAGUGGGCAAGGGCCAGUACAGCGCAGAGACCAGCAGGUUGAUGUUACCCGAAGAACCCCCCAGCGCUCCCCCGAAAAACAUCGUGGCCAGCGGGCGGACCAACCAGUCCAUCAUGGUGCAGUGGCAGCCGCCCCCCGAGCCGGAGCACAACGGGGCACUGCAGGGCUACAUCCUCAGGUACCGCCUGGCCGGCCUGCCCAGCGAGCACCAGCAGAAGAACAUCACCAGCCCAGAGGUGAACUACUGCCUGGUGACGGACCUCAUCAUCUGGACGCAGUACGAAAUCCAGGUGGCCGCCUACAACGGGGCGGGCCUGGGCGUCUUCAGCAGGGCGGUGGCUGAGUACACCUUGCAAGGAGUGCCCACUGCACCCCCACAGAACGUGCAGGCGGAAGCUGUGGACUCCACGACCAUCCAGUUCGUGUGGCGGCCACCACCCCAGCAGUUUGUCAACGGUGUCAACCAGGGCUACAAGCUCCUGGCGUGGCCGGCGGACGCUCCCGAGGCUGUCACCGUAGUGCCCAUUGCUCCCGACUUCCACGGCGUCCACCGCGGGUCCAUAACGAACCUGAGGAAGUUCACGGCCUACUUCACGUCCGUCCUGUGCUUUACCACGCCCGGGGACGGGCCGCCCAGCGCGCCCCAGCUCGUGCGCACCCUCGAGGACAAGCCCGGAGCUGUGGGACAUCUGAGCUUCACGGAGAUUCUAGACACAUCUCUGAAGAUCAGCUGGCAGGAGCCCCUGGAGAAAAACGGUGUCAUUACAGGCUAUCAGAUUUCCUGGGAGGUGUACGGAAAGAAUGGCUCUCGCCUCACACACACCCUCAACAGCACGACCCACGAGUACAAGAUCAAGGGACUGUUGUCCCUCACCACCUACACCAUCGACGUGGCUGCCGUGACGGCCGCAGGGGUGGGCCUGGCGACAACGUCCACCAUCUCUUCCGGGGUACCCCCAGACCUGCCCGGGGCCCCAUCCAACCUGGUCAUUUCCAACAUCAGCCCCCGCUCGGCCACGCUGCAGUUCAGACCCGGCUACGACGGAAAGACAGCCAUCUCCAGGUGGAUCGUGGAGGGGCAGGUUGGGGCCAUCGGGGAUGAGGAGGAGUGGGUCAGCCUCUACGAGGAGGAGAACGAGCCUGAUGCCCAGAUGCUGGAGAUCCCAAACCUCACGCCAUACACUCACUACAGAUUUCGGAUGCGUCAGGUGAAUGUCGUCGGUCCGAGCCCCUUCAGCCAGUCCUCCCGGGUCAUCCAGACCCUGCAGGCCCCCCCGGACGUGGCACCGACCAGCAUCACCGUCCGAACGGCCAGCGAGACCAGCCUGCGGCUGCGCUGGGUGCCGCUGCCCGACUCCCAGUACAACGGGAACCCCGAGUCCGUGGGCUACAGGGUGAGGUACUGGCGCUCAGACCUCCCGUCUUGGGUGCUGAGCCAAGUCGUCAACGACCGGCUGGAGCGAGAGCUGACCGUGGAGGAGCUGGAGGAGUGGACGGAGUACGAGCUGCAGAUGCAGGCCUUCAACGCCAUCGGGGCCGGGCCCUGGAGCGAGCUGGUGCGGGGCCGGACGCGGGAGUCAGUUCCUUCAGCUGCCCCUGUCAACGUGUCCGCAGAGGCCGUCAGCUCAACACAGAUUCUGCUGACAUGGAGUUCAGUCCCCGAGCAAGACCAGAACGGGCUCAUCCUGGGUUACAAGAUCCUGUACCGAGCCAGAGACCUGGAAGCCGAGCCCCGCAGCCACCUGGUGCGUGGGAACCACACGCGGUCGGCGCUGCUCGGGGACCUGCGCAAGUUCGUGCUGUACGAGCUGCAGGUGCUGGCCUUCACCCGCAUCGGGAACGGGGUCCCCAGCUCGCCCCUCGUCCUCGAGCGCACCAAAGACGACGCCCCGGGUCCCCCAGUGAGGCUGGUGUUCCCCGAAGUGAGGCUCACCACCGUGAGGAUCGUGUGGCAGCCUCCGGAGGAGCCCAACGGUGUCAUUCUGG